CGAGCGGCGCACGCCUCCCGGGAGCUUCCCGGCGGCCGGGUUUCCCGACAGUCGUCGAGCUGGCGUCGCGACGCGCGGAACUAGGCGUCACGAGGAUCCCCGGUAAGCAUCCCCGCAAACGACCGAGGGACCACCCGCCUCCCUCGGCUCGGACGUUAAUCUUUGCGUCGACUUAAUUAUCGAAAAAAAAAUCAAUAAUCGAGAGAGCGGCGGCGCCCCAGACCGCGGGGAAGAACCGCGAGGCAGAGGGGAAGAGUCCACGAGAGAAAGAGAGCCGGAGGACCCAUGGCGAGACAGACUGACCGACGACGCGCGCCUUCGCCGACGAGGACCUACGCCGUGACGCCGGAACAACGCGGGAGCCGAGGAUUCUGCGAUACCCACCGGAUGUGUUAUUCAAAGUGCCAUUCUGCCAUCUGCAGCAAAUGUUAGCUUAUCCGUGUCGGCGUGUUCCAAUGCCUGUUUGUUUGGAUCUGGCUCGACGUGGCAGAGGAUUUUCUUGGAUCGGAUCGAAAGGGCCAAAGCUGGAAGCUUAGAAAGGAGACGAGGAGGUCGCUUGACGGAGGCUCGAAGAGCGUCACAGUAAAGUGGAAGAAGCGAAGAAUUUUGAAGAGCUGCCGUCUGUGGAAAAAUGCCCGGAGGAGACGUCACGGAAGAAGGCCAGGUUGGGCCGGAAUGGCUCUUCGGGGAGCUGAGAUCUCCAGGAGGUGUGGACAAGUUACUCAUCUUAGAUUGCAGACCAAAUUCAGAAUUCUCCGAAGCACACGUCCGUGGCUCGGUACCCCUUGCGAUUCCUUGCAUCAUGCUCAGACGACUCGCUGCCGGUAAAGUGGAUCUUUUGUCGACGAUUCGAUGCCUGGAGCUGCGAACCAGGGUGGAGAUGUUUCUCUGUGGGGAUGAAGAGAGAAGAGGAACUUUUGUUCUCAUCGGAGACUCCACCGAACCUCCGGGUCACCAAGGAGAGACCAUUCUAGCCCUGAGCCGAAGGCUGCGGAGCAGUGGAGGCAGAGUUGCCACCUUAGUCGGUGGUUUCGGGGUCUUCAGGGACCGGUACCCGGAGUGGUGCGAGGGCAGCCAAGCCAACGCCGAGGGUCCCCAGGGCCAGGACCCCAACGAGGGGGAACUGAUGGGCCUUCGCUCGCUCCGCAUCUCCACGCCGCCCUCCAGAGCGUACUCGGACUCCGACAGCGACAGUACUUGCGAUUCCGUCGGUCCUGAUGAGGAUAAGGACUUCCCAGUGGAGAUUCUUCCGCAUUUAUACCUCGGCAACGCAGCCAAUAGCGAAGACAGGGAAGCUCUGGCUCGCCAUAGGAUACAAUACAUUCUUAACGUUACGCCGGAUCUGCCGAAUGUAUUCGAAAGCGCUGGUUCUAUAAAAUACAUGCAAAUACCGAUCAGUGACCACUGGAGCCAAAACCUGGCGAGUUUCUUUCCGCAAGCGAUUCAAUUUAUUGAAGAGGCGAGGAGCUCGGACAAGGGCGUCCUGGUGCAUUGCCUAGCCGGCGUGUCCAGGUCGGUAACCAUCACCGUGGCGUACCUGAUGCACAAGUGCAGCCUGAGCCUGAACGACGCCUUCAACCUGGUGCGCAGCCGGAAGUCGAACGUCGCGCCGAACUUCCACUUCAUGGAGCAGCUGCACAGCUUCGAGCGGGAGCUCAGGGACCGAGGGUCCGGGGCGAAGGGGUCCGAACACCAGCGGUGCAUCGGGGCCUGUCGACCCGGGGGGCCUUGCAACUGCCCGGCCCCGAGCUUCCUCAGCCCCAUCGACCUGGGCCUCAGUCCCGACUCGGGGAUCGAGUUCGACCGAUGGGCCGCCACCACGCCGGCCGAAUGAGACGGGCCCGGGGGGACCCGAUACAAUUUUUAGGUCCCUCCGUAUUGUCGACGUGAGACAUCUAGAGGCCCCGAGUUCGGAGGGCCGAGGAAGUAACCGAGGAGGUCGAUGAUAUCGGGAUCGGUUGAGCCUCGAGGGUGCGCCUCUAUUCGCGGAGACCUAACGAGGCGAAUCCGAGAGAUUUCGAUACUAAUUCUAGGUUCCUUCGUGCUAUUCGCACGGGAGAGAGAGAAGCAUCGAGGUCGAAGAGAUUGGCUACGUUGAGCCUGGUCGCACUUAAUGUCGGCUUGGAGGGACUCGAUGGAUAUUCUGUCUUUCCGUCUUGUCAAGGAGGUGGGCAGGAGGUCUAGAUUCUAUGAUAGGAGUCCGAUGAUCUUGGAAUCUGUCGGGCCCGUCGCUUCUCUUACGUCGGCCGUAUGAAGCGGACCCGGAGAGACCCGAUAAUUGUUCAAGGUCUUUCCGUGAUAUCGACGUGAGACGCCGAGAGAGGCCUCGACUCGAAGGUGCAGAGAAGCGGCUGAAGACGCAGCCGAGGUUUGGCACUCCAAAGGCCGGCUAGGCGUUGGUUUCUUUAGUCACCGAGUACCUACAUUCGGGAGGAGAUAGACUAGGAUUAGGAUCGAGGAGAAGAAACGGGAGAGAAGGAAAGAGAAGGGUAGGGGGACGAAGAACGACGUCGAUGGGACGUUCUUCGAAGCAUGCCGUACAAAUUGCUACCAUAGGCUUAGAAACCGGCGUGGGCAACCGGAUCGGUUUUGUUUUACGUUAAUUAAUCGUCGGCUUGACAAACUCGACCAAGUCGUUUUGGCGAUGAGUUUAAGGGGAUGUGAAGCGUCCGAGCGGUCGAUCGUGUAACUUUUCUCCGAAGUUGGUG